CGUUUUACGAGCGAGCACGUUCUUGUUCGCGAUUGGUCGAAUUUUUCGCAGCAGCUCGCUCGAAUCGAGAUCGAAAUUUAUGGGGUGUGAUAAGGAACUUUAUGUCUUUAUUUCUUCGUGUUCAUGACUUUGGAGAGUGCAUGUGCACGCGAGACGAUCUAUUUGCACAUUCCUCGUAAAAUUUCGAGUUUUUUUUUAACAAUCGACGAUUAAUGCUCGCAUCGAGAUUUCGAGACUACUAUAAAUUUAAUUUACAACGUACGUUAUUUUCCGCCAGUUGAUUGAAUUUUGCAAUUUUCAGUCGUCUGUAACGUAAAACUUUCGUCGGAUAUUAUUCUAAUGGAUUUGACAUGGUCUGCUGGAAAAAGCCGUGGAAACGCGCGCAAUUGCGACUUUACCGAAUAUCCAUCAUUGUGACAAUCAGGUGAUGCUUUUUCGUUCGGAGCUAGUUGAAAUGAUAUUCGCAGUGACAAGAAAUUAAAUUACUGUUCCUAUUACUCAGUGAAAUAAACUUGGUUUCUCUUUCGACGUCAAAUCUUUUAUCGAUUGUUUUCCUAUGUAUAUUCACAUGGCUUGAAACUGUGUAACUGCAUAGUUGGAGCCAUCACGAGACAGAUUAAUUAUACUUUUUUUUUAUUUAAUCUUUACGCUAUUUAUAACUUUUCACUUGCAAAAGCCAAGAUUCGCGAAUUAAUUCUCUUGUUACGCAUUCUUAACCAGUUUCUUUAUCAGAACGCGCUUAAAGUACAGGCUUAAUUAAAAUCUUUAUGACUACGUUUUAUCAAUAGUCCCCACAUAUACGACGCGUGAGUGUUUUUUUAGCAACACGAUAACACUUUAAGAGUGCUAGUCAUGAUUUCUCACCAUUACUUGCAUCUGAGCUUCUGUAACACUCGUAGUUUGCUAUUUAUGGAAAAUGGGGAAAUGUACAAUGUGAUAAUAAAGUCGUACAGUUUAAACAAGAUCAGACAUAUCAUUGAGAAAUGUUUACAGUAGGUCAUAUAGGUAAGAACGUAACGUGAUUAUACGAGGAAUGGUAAUUCGUCUACAACAAAUCUUGAUACAUCGUACACAGAUAUAAGUAGACUCGUUCUCGACUGACUCUACUUUUGUAAGAUUGCCGAAAUAUCAAAGAUUUCUAAGACUCAGCGUGCAUGAAUGCCUGGCAAAGUAAAUUGACGAGAUUAAUUGUGAUCGGCACGUAAGCGCAGCUCGCAUCAAUGUCGCACUUUAAAAGAAUCAUGAAACCGUUUCACGUUGUCCACCUCAAGGCGUCUUAAUUUACAAAACCAUGUUGUUUCAAUUAAUCGUCGAAAAUUUUCACACAUAAUGAAACAACACGUUACGUCAGAAUUAUAAAUUGAAGUACUCUCAAAAUGUUGUAGAAUCAUCCUAGAGGGAGAAGGGGAAGUGAGGGAGGAAGAGAAAUGAUGUCACGAUCCCUUUUGCCAUGGCGUCUUGUAUAUUUCAUCCGAUGGAAAGGGCGCGGGGAAGGGCGAAGAUUAAGUAGGAUAAAUUGAGAAGAUUAAUCGCAAUCUCCCACGUAGCUCGUGUUGCACCAUUGUCCAACAAACGCGCUCUUCCCUCCUGAACUUCGAAACUGGGUUGCAUAACAGUUUGCGACGAAGCCUGGGCAGGUCGCAGUCUCGGUUGCAUCGAAAUGCAGAGUAACGAGGAAAAUGCACCUUAAUCUGAUUCGAUCGUGCGCCAGGAGAUGGUCGUGCCUCGUGCACGGCACCCGGUACACGUAGGAAAACCCGAAGCGACGUGCCUCGAUAUAUAUCAGCUGAAGAAUUCAUCGCUUGAAUGCUACUUGAUUUUCUUUCAUUCGAUUCUCCCUCGCCGCUCGCCACUCAGAGAUCUCUGAGUCCAUGUAAAUCGUUACGGUCGACUUUACCCUCGGACCUGAAGACAAAAAUGGCAUUGCAGAUUUUAGAGGGAGAUACAAGCGUUAAUAAAGCAGAGUCAUCGAGCGAUUCACGCUAAAUUACAAUGGAUUAGUGGCGCAAAGAUCAACGACGCGUGUGGUUACUGGCCUUAAUGAGCGACACGAUGGUAACUGUGCUGAGCACGACACAAUUCGGCCAUCCCUCAACUGUACCGAGAAGGGUGUUGAUACGUAAUUAAGCACCAUGGUGCUCGUUUGCGAGAAAGUCUCCCUAACAACCCGGCCAGCUCGCGUUCUCCAGUCUGUUGAACGCCCAGAGCAGCGCGAUUCUUUCAAAUGAUAUUUAUUCUGGAUUCGAGCUAAUAGAAUUUGUUAUUUAUUAAAAUGUUGGCCGCGGAACUCCGGGCUAACUCUGCAGGCAAUUUUAAAUUGAAACGCGCAAAUGUAUAAUUGGAUCAUAAAGGAUCCGUGCUGCGAAUAUUUCUAUUCACAAUACGAUAAUAUAUUUCGCGCGGAAAUGCGAUAAGCGCGUAAGAAGCCGUACCAUUUCUACUAGAGUUUUUCUUAUUACAUAUGCGAACACCUGCGCACACACGUAUCGCAAGUCUAUUCGGUCAAUUGGCGAAAACGUCAUCGAUUAAAACAGGUCGGAUGGAUAUAGAUCAUAAGGAAACUCGUCGAAGCUAACUUGCAAAUAUCACCGCGAACGAGUCUGUUAUCCGUUCCCGAUCAAAAUCAUUCCGACGUUCUUCACACUUUGCUUGGAUCGCGAUUCGAUUCCGAGAGUAGCCGAUUGUUAGAUUUCCGCUCGCUCUGACGGGACCACUUGAUGCGAAUUAAAAACCGCUUCAACAUAGUUUAGCGAUAUCAAUCGUGGCAGGCGAGCAACGAUUUGCGUCUAUUGUUCGGAUUGGCGCCAAUCAUUAUAGCGCUUCUAUCAAGCUUUCGUUCAAUUAUGAGAGAUUUUCUAUGAAGUCCAAAUUGCACGUGCGCAAAAGUAAUUUACGCGGAUUGUUGCGAUGAUAGCUGAAAAAGAAAAUGCUGUAUCAGUGUCACAGAACAUCCGAAAAGUCGGCCAGAAUGAUCGGAAAAGUAGGAUCGCGACAACCGUGAUUGACUAUCGCCGAGCAGUAUCCGAUACAAGAAAAUAUAAGAAUACCUUGUUGAUCUUGCAUUGAUUGGUAAUUACACGAAAUCAGACGUGAUCGAUGCGAUUGCAUUGAUUGGUAAUUACACGAAAUCAGGCGUGAUCGAUGCGAUUUACUUCUUGCCUUGUUUCAUAAUUAACAGCGAUUAUAACAGUAAAGUCUUUUUAUCUAGAUGAUACUUGUUUCUCGCAUUUUAUUACCGCACUUGCGGUUAAUUUCAUUACGAGCAAUAAGUCUCGUUACUUGAAAUCGCGUUUGCAUCUUUUAUUCUUGUGUGUUGAAAUUUAUUCGCGAGAUUAGCGCGAUUUUCUCGAUGAACGUCGUAUAUUAGUCAUUAGUGCAGUCAUUAUGUAACAUUAGAUAUCGAAUAAAAUCAAAGACACCUAGCAUUACUUAAUACUUGUUUCUCCGGUGAUUUCAAACGUGUUUACGUAUAUUGAUCAGUUUCCGCGGGUUUCCAGAAAGAGUAUUCAUGAAUCGCAGGGAAAAGAUCUCUCUUUCGCGUUUCAUUGUCCGAAAUCCGCACGAUUGAAUUGGAAUACUCGGUAUUUGUUAUUGCGGUGACAUGGUGCAAUCUUCCGAGAAAGUUACGUAAAGUUAAAAGAUAUCCCUGUCCAUCUCGGGGAGGAAAUAAAGACAAUCUUCCAAUGUUGCAUGUCUAUUGCUCGUAUUCAACACGUUGCAGCACAACGUCCAAAUCGAUAUCGUCGACUUUCGGUUCUCGACUAUUCAUCACUCGAGUGGAAAUAUCACGGUGUCGCGGUCAAAACAUAUUGGAACAGACGAAAAGUAAUCGAUCUGUGUGUGGUCGACUUCGUGCUUCACUUGUGUUACUGCCUUGGAGCGAAAAUAUUGCUUUCGGAAAUAUCGACGAUGUAUGAAAUGACAGACCGGAACCGCCGAUACGGUGACCAUCAUACACCGCGACGAUGACGGUCAUGGUCGAAUCUGCGAAAGUCGAAGAGGGCAACGGUCCCGCGAAGAUUGAAACCUUCGACGAUAUCCUGCCGCACGUCGGCGAAGCCAGCAGAUAUCAAUGGUUCCUCUUCAUUCUACUUCUGCCGUUCACUUUCGUCUACGCCUUCCUGUACUUUGUGCAAUUCUUCAUUGCCCUCCUACCUGCUGAACAUUGGUGCACCAUACCGGAACUGGAGUCCUGGAAUCUCACCGACUUUGAAAAGAUCGCGAUAAGCAUCCCGUCGGCUACCCAGGAAGAAUUGCAGUUGGAGGGUGCUACGUCGUUCUCGAGAUGCUACAUGUACGACGUAAAUUACACCGAGCUGCUCGAGCAAGGCGUCAGACAGGCCAAUCGGUCGUGGCCGAUGGUUCAAUGCAGGCAAGGAUGGACGUUCAACCACACGAUGAUACCGUACGCUUCGAUCGCUGCCGAGCUCGAGUGGGUUUGCGACAAGACUUUUCUCGGCUCCGCGGCGCAGUCGGCCUUCUUCGUCGGCAGUAUCAUUGGCGGCCUGAUAUUCGGCUAUAUAGCCGAUCAUUAUGGCAGAAUCCCGGCGUUGGUAUCUUGCAACGCUGUUGGGUUUUUCGCCUCCGUCGCAACAGCUUUCUGCAAUAGCUUCUGGUCAUUCUGCCUCGCAAGACUGAUCGUUGGUUCGUCGUUCGACAAUUGCUUCAAUGUUCUCUUCAUCAUCGUGAUCGAGUACGUUGGACCAAAGUACAGAACUUUGGUGGCAAACAUGUCCUUUGGAAUUUAUUUUGCCGCCGCGGCUAGUCUUUUGCCGUGGAUCGCAUAUUGGAUCGCAGACUGGAGAAUUUUGAGCGUCGCCACCGCAUUCCCGAUGAUCGUCGCUUUCCUCGGCCCGUGGCUCGUUCCGGAAAGUGCACGAUGGUACAUUAUGGUUGGCAAGGUUGAUAAGGCGAUUGAUAUGCUGAAGAAAUUUGCAAAGGUCAACGGCAAAGAGGUAAAGCAAGAGAUUUUCGACGAAUUUGAAAAGAACUGCAAGAACAUGAUCGAGCAGGAUCAAUCGCACAAUCAGUACACCGUGUUGCAUCUCUUCAAGUUGCCUCGAUUAGCACGUAUUACCAUCAUGCUCAUUAUCUACUGGCUGUUGAUCAUCUUGGUGUUUGACGGACACGUGUGGAACAUGAAACUCCUGGAUCCCGAUGUGUUCAUGUCGUUCUCCUUAGCCGCCAUGACCGAGCUUCCGGCAGCGAUUUUGCUGGCACUUUUCCUUGAUAGAUGGGGCAGACGAUGGAUGGGCUUCGCCUCCAUGUUCGUGUGCGGCGUUUUCUCUCUUGUCGCCCUCGCUACACCCCCCGGUGCUUUAACCGUCGCUAUGGCAAUCUUGGCGCGUCUUGGUGUCAAUAUCGCGGCGAAUAUCGGUUUCCAAUACGCGGCUGAAAUGUUGCCGACCGUGGUACGGGCACAAGGUGUAUCUUUGAUUCACAUUAUUGGCUACUUUGCUCACAUUAUCGGACCUUACGUCAUUUAUUUGGCCGACGUCGAUCCAUUUUUACCGUUGAUAACUCUCGCCCUUCUGUCGUUUGUGGACGCGUUCCUGACCCUAGCAUUACCGGAAACUCUAAAUCAGGAUCUGCCCGAAACUCUGCAAGAGGGUAACGAUUUUGGUAUGGACCAGAGCUUCUGGUGGAUUCCGUGCAUAUCCUCGACUCCGCAGCUGAAGAAAUCGCUGCGAAAGAGAAAGAAGAAGGAAGGCAUGACGAACGCAGCCUUCUACCAAGGCAGUAUUCAAACGAUCGACUCUACCAGAUUAUAACGGCCGCUCGAUCGUGCGGUGCUCGUCUGGAAUUUGCCAAAUCAAUUGUAAAUAUCGCGGCCACAUCGUUUAUGUGUGCGUGUGUGUGUGUGUGAUCUUAGAUAUUAAGCUAGUGAGACACGUAAAGUGCGUGGUUGAACGGGACUCAAUGGCGCGUACAAUGCAGCGACGUAAAGUGACGUGAAAGUGCAGGACGCUAUAUUCGAAUAUACGGAAUACACGGACGCGAAUGCGCAUCGGGUACACUCUAAAGUCCAAAUGCGAUCCGCUCGACGAUGCAAGAAUAUCUUCCAAAUCGUUCCUUCGUAAUACGUUUUCGAUUUCCGAUUCACAGCUCUUGUGCAGGAUGCAGCAUGUACGAAAGUAUUUAACUGCGUAGUUUUAGUCCCGUAUUGUUCGCGAGACGUUACGAAAUGCAGGGAUUAAAACCGAUACGAUUUCGUUGAGUUGGAUUUCCUGUAACAGCGCGUGAUAUAUGGAACUUUAUGCUGCAAUUAUCGUGUUUUCUUUAUGGAUAAAAAUCAAACUCGGCAAAAUUCUAUCGGUUUCGAUUUCAGCUACAAUAAGGGAAUGUUUAAUCCCUCGCUCAUCGUCUUUUCCUUCUCGAAGGAUAACAUCCUUGGGGGGAAAAGAAACGCGACUCUUUAUUUGCAUCGAGAAUAAGGAAGUCGUCUUGUUAUAUCUUGUAUUGAUAUUCCCUGAAUAUUGAGAUAGAUAUUAGGCAGCUCCUGUGAACGGAUAAAGUAAAUCGCUGUUGUUCUCUUGAUGCAUCAUCAAGAGUCGUCGCGAAAUAUUGCCAUGCGUCGAUAGCGGUGGAAUCAAUAACACAUUGAUUCGUAAUACAAUGUAAGAUUUUAGAUAAUUUAAAACAUGUAGACGGGCUAGAGCGUACGCUUUCACCGCAUCAAGAUGUCUCUCACCUGAUACAUUUACUGCCAGACUUAAAGAUUAUUGGAAAUCGUACAUCUCAUGCGGCCAGUCUCAUUUCACACUUGGAAGCGAUCGAAUAAGGAUGUACAAUAAAAAGGACAUUCUAUUCUA